CAUCCAAGUCUGGCUAUAGUGAAGGGCGCUGGACUCGUAAUGCGAGCUCUCAUCGAGGAGGCGGGGCCUGAGGUCGCUCGAGAGCUGCGUGGUUUGGCAUUAGCUGAAGGUGCCAUCUUAUAUCACCUUUCUGUCGCUUGCUUUGCUGCACGCGGGCAUGACGCCAGAGGACUGGCGCACAGGUGCAUCACUUUUAUCCGCCUAUCUUUGUAA